AUGGAACAGUUGAACCAGUCAGAUUUCCAUGUAUCACACUUCAUCAUUAUUGGCUUGUCUGGAUUUGAAGAUUGGCCAUCACGAAUUAUUCUCUUCAUAUUUUUUCUUCUCACAUACACUAUGACUCUCCUAUUAAAUAUGGUGUUCCUCCUGAUUAUUAAACAAAACGACCAUCUACAUUCACCUAUGUACCUGCUCAUCUGUAAUUUAGCACUUUUAGAUAUGUGCUUACCAUCAGUCACUGUUCCCCGAAUAAUGCAUGAGUUACUCUGGAAGGAUAGGCUCAUUGGCUUUAUAUCCUGUGUCACUCAAAUGGGCUUCUUUAUAUAUCUUAAUGUGACUGAAUGUAUAUUACUGGCAGUCAUGGCUUAUGAUCGCUACCAGGCCAUCUGCAAACCACUGCAUUAUCACACAGCAAUGACCAAUAGGCAUGUAGCAAGACUUAUUAUUUUCUGUUGGAUUCCAGGCACACUUAUUGGCUUUCAUCAUGUCUGGGUUGUCCUUUCUUUGCAAUUUUGUGGACCAAACAAAAUCUUUGACUAUUUCUGUGAUUACAUGUCAGUAAUAAUUUUGUCCUGCAGCAAUGUGACAACCUAUUCUUUUGCUACUGUGGCAUCUGCUCUUACAAUCAUGAUUCUUGUAAUAUGCUUUAUUUUCUUCUCUUACAUGAAAAUCCUUAUAUCAGUAAGCAAAGUGGCUUCUACCAGAGGACGCCAAAAAGCCUUCUCAACCUGUGCAAGUCACCUCACUGUAAUUGCUCUUUUCCUAUUUGUAGAGGGAGGUGUAUUAAUCUCUUCUCAAAUUAGGGGCAGUUCAUUCAAUAUUGCUAUUAUAGCUGGAGUCUUUCAGAAUAUUUUUCCUCCAUUAAUGAAUCCUAUUAUAUAUUGCUUGAAAACAAAAGAAAUAAGAAUUACAGUAAUAAAGCUUGUAAAGAGGAAUGAGCUUGAUAAAUAA